CCCGGUUGACUCCGGAAAAGGCGAAGAGGACAUCCCACACCCCAAUUUUAGUGCAAUCUCGAGGUCUCAAAGCAAGAUGACAAUGAAAAACAUGUUAGAUCACAAAUUGGGAUCCAAGAACCGGAAGCGGGGCGCAAGUGGGGGCUGGUCUGAGCAGAAAAUGGCUGUGAGGAGGAAGCUUGGUGCUCCUGGAGGCGGAGGCGUUGGAGGGCCGCCGGAUGUCCCAAAGUGGUUUUCUAUUUGGUCCCAAUUGAAUAAGGACGAUGAAUUCAAAUAUGUGUUGUUAGCAGCUCAGGAGCUCGGUCUGGAGGUCAUCAAGGUCCCACCACCUACGAUGAAAUUCAAAGAUGACAUUAGUAGCAAGUAUGUGGACAAGUCGAGACAGAAAGCACGUUCAGACUCUGAGAGCACCUUGGCUCCUCUUUCUCAGUCUACUCCCACCGCUGCCCCAGCCAGCGUGGUCAUGGGACUUCAGAUGUCUGAUGUGGAAGAUCUACGAGGCCACAAUUUUGUUAGUGACUCAGUGAUAACCUAUUACUUUGAGCAGCUCUCAUCCGCGGACAAGGUAAUCCUCCAGCCGCCGUCCAUCUCUGAGUUGCUUGUCAACACAACUGACCCUAGUGAGUUCUUGGAGCAUCUGUGUCUGGAUAACCGGGUUAUGCUAUUCCCUGUCAACAAUAAUCCUGAAAUCCACCGUGCCGAUGCCGGCACACAUUGGUCAUUACUUGUGUACGAGAACCUCGAUCCAAAUCGUGGGGCCCGUUUCGUCCAUCAUGACAGCACUAUGGGCCAAGUCAAUUCCAGUGCCGCUGAUCGACUUGUCGGUGUACUACGCUCCAUCGUUCCAAAUGCUGCCACAGCUCCGCUCAUGAGAGGUUAUACCCCGGUGCAAGAGAAUGGUUAUGACUGUGCAAUAUACGUCAUGGCAGUUGCAGCAGCUAUUUGUCGAUGGAGCAGAAGAGACAGUGCUGAGGGUGAUUGGAGUGAAGAGGUAACCAGGGAAGUCACCGCCACCAGCGUCCGUCAGCUGAGAGUCAUGAUCGCAGACGCCAUCCAUGCAAUCCUUGGUGGCGAUUAG